CCAUUGAAAUUAACUUAUUCUUAGUGUCUUCAUUAGAGUUACAUUAACCAAAAACAGUAUUUUUAUGCAGGCCCGUCUCAAUGUUAGUGCUGAUGUAUUAAUAAUACCUAGUCUGUCUAUUGGGCCGGGCCAUGUAGAAACCCAGCCGAAAUAUUUAACACGACUCUGUUGGUCAUCUCAUCUUCCCCAAAUGGUCUCACUGGCGAGACUUCACGCCGCGUAUCCGAUCCAUGUCUCCUCCAUGAACUCCACCGCAGAAUCUCCGUAAUCCUCACUUCCUUAAAACUAGUUAAUGGAUAGGAUAAGUCAUCUGCCUGAACAUCUGCUUUUGAGGGUCUUUUCCUUUCUGCCUACUACCAAAGAUGCUGUGGCCAAAAUGGUUUUGUCCAAACGGUGGCAGUAUCUGUGGACGCUUGUGCCAAGACUCGUGUACGAUGAUGGCAAUAAUAGUAAUAUCACGAAAGAGAGUUUCUCGAGGUUUGUAGACAGAUCCUUGCUUUUGCACGAGGCUCCAGUUCUAGAGUAUGUGCGUUUCAAGCUCGGUGAAAAGUCUAGUGAUGUUGAUAAUAUUGGAGUUUGGGCUAGAACUGUAUCUAGGCGCCAUGUCCGUGAGCUGGUCAUCGAGAUUGAUAGAUAUUCUUGUACAGAUCCAGCCAUCCUUCCUAAAAGCUUGUACACGGUCUCUGGAAUGCUUGUGAAGUUGAAACUUGACAACGUGGUUCUUGCUGAUGAUGUUUCUUCACCCGUGUCUUUCCCAUCUCUCAAGGAAUUGACUCUUAUUUCCAUUGAAUACCCAGGUGGUGAUGAACAUGUCAAAAGGUUUUUAUCCAAUUGUCCUCUUCUUGAAAACUUGUAUGUGGACCGAUGUCUUGAAGACAAUGUUACUGUUUUCACCGUUAGAGUGCCUUCUCUUAAGACUUUAUACAUGUGUGAUGCACCGUACAAAGAUGGCUACGGUGGAGAGAGGUUUGUGAUAGAUGCUCCUUCUCUGGAGACGUUGACUAUUGAUGAUUCUGCGGGUGGGUUUUGUGUCUUUGAGAAUGAAAUGCCUAACCUUGUAACGGCACAUAUUGACUUUUACUAUAGACAUCCUGGGAAUAUUCUGAGUUCCAUAACUCCAGUCAGGGUUCUCUAUUUACGUUUAUCACCCUUGGAGGAUGCAUAUUCUAGUGGUUGUGUCUUCCACCGCCUCGUAGAUUUUACGCUAUGCAGAUGUGAGAGGCAGUGGUUGAACCUACUUAUGUGUGUGCUCAGAGAUUCUCCUAAAUUACGAACUCUCAAACUUGUUCAGGUAUAUUUUUAAAUUCACACUGUGUCAUUGACCUGAUUAUUUUUUAAAUUCACUAUCAAGCGAAUGAUCCGAGCCCAUGUUGGAGUGAACCGAGCUUAGUUCCUGAAUGUUUGCUAUCGAGUCUUGAAACUCUCGAAUGUGAAAGCUAUGAAGGAACUAAAAAAGAGAAGGAAGUGGUGGAAUAUAUAUUAAGAAACGGCCGCUGUCUAAAAAAGGUUACCAUCUCCUCUAAACCCAGUGACCCCGAGGAGAAACUUGAGAUGAUUAAGGAGUUGGCAUUGUCGUUCAUGCGUUCACCUAUCUGCCAGCUUGUAUUUAACUGAAGCUACAGUCCGACAUGUCAAGUAACACUGUGUUUGGUCUGAAUCCUAGAUUAGCUAUUAUAACGUUUUAUGUUUUCUUUAUCGUAAGUAAAAAAAACUAUCUUGUCUCCUUUUGCCCUAUUUUGUAACGUUUUUUUUAUUAUUUAUUUGCUGUUAGAUUAAACACUUAAACUGUACACUAUUUGGUUGAUUGAAACUUCAAUAACCAUCGCUUGUUUAGAGA